AUGGCAAACAAUGCCUCUCCUGAACAGAAUCAGAAUCACUGUUCAGCCAUCAACAACAGCAUCUCACUGAUGCAGGAAAACCUCCCCACCCUGACCUUAUCUGGAAAGAUUCGAGUGACAGUGACUUUCUGCCUUUUUCUACUCUCCACCACCUUUAAUGCUUCUUUCUUAUUGAAACUUCAGAAGUGGACUCAGAAGAAAGAAAAAGGGAAAAAACUCUCCAGAAUGAAGGUGCUUUUAAAACAUUUGACAUUAGCCAACUUGUUGGAGACUCUGAUUGUCAUGCCGCUGGAUGGUAUGUGGAAUAUUACAGUCCAAUGGUAUGCAGGAGAGUUCCUCUGCAAAGUCCUCAGCUACCUGAAGCUUUUCUCCAUGUAUGCCCCAGCUUUCAUGAUGGUGGUGAUAAGCCUGGACCGUUCCCUGGCUAUCACCAGACCACUAGCUGUGCAAAAUAACCGCAAGCUUGAACAGUCCAUGACCAGCCUGGCCUGGAUUCUCAGUAGUAUUUUUGCUGGACCACAGUUAUAUAUAUUCAGGAUGAUCCACCUAAGAGAUGGUUCUGCACAAACAGAAAUUUUCUCUCAAUGUGUAACACACUGCAGUUUUCCACAAUGGUGGCAUCAAGCCUUUUAUAACUUCUUCACUUUCAGCUGCCUCUUCAUUAUCCCUCUUCUCAUCAUGUUGAUCUGCAAUGCAAAAAUCAUCGUCACCCUGACACGGGUCCUUCAUCAUGAUCCCCACAAACUACAAUUAAAUCAAUCCAAGAACAAUAUACCAAGAGCACGGCUGAAGACCUUGAAGAUGACUGUUGCAUUUGCCACUUCAUUUAUUGUCUGCUGGACUCCCUACUAUGUCCUAGGAAUUUGGUAUUGGUUUGAUCCUGAAAUGUUAAACAGGGUCUCAGACCCAGUAAAUCAUUUCUUCUUUCUCUUUGCUUUUUUAAACCCAUGCUUUGAUCCACUUAUAUAUGGAUAUUUCUCUCUGUAA